AUGUCUGGUGUUGAAUUAGCCGCAGCUGCCAUUUUUGGUGCACAUUUACUUGAUGCUAAGUAUCAUGUGAAGGAUGAUCUCUUACUUCUUCAAAAAGUGGUCAGGACGGCGAUUCCCUAUCUUUACAAUGUCUCAAGAAAACGAGCAAGUUAUUGGUAUAUGUUCGAGAAGGCAGCCAAGAAAUACCCAAACAAUAUUGCUAUUUCAUUUCCACGGCCAAGAAACACUUCCAAGGUAACACUUGAUGAAGAGGGGUACCCCAUUUACGACGAUCAGUUUGAUUUGGAGACGUACACUUACAGCGAAUUGUAUGCAAUGAUUUUACGCUUCAGUUGGAUUUUGAAGAAUGUGCAUGGAGUGACUCUGAAGGACACAAUUGGAAUCGACUGUAUGAACAAACCACUUUUCGUUAUCUUGUGGCUUUCCUUGUGGAACAUCGGCGCUGUGCCCGCCUUUUUAAACUACAAUACCAAGGAUAAAGCUUUGGUUCACUGUAUAAAGGUGGCUGAUGUUAAGCAAGUUUUUAUUGAUCCCGACUGUGCGGAGCCAAUUCGAAAUACUGAACCCAUGAUUAAGGAAAGCUUACCAGACGUUGCUUUGCAUUAUAUCAAUGAAGAAGAGUUGUUGCGGACACUUCUUGACAAGAACAGACCUGAGUAUAGGGCUCCUGAUUCAACCAGACGCCCCAAUGAUACAAUGUCGUCUUGUUGUACUUUGAUUUACACCUCUGGUACUACAGGCUUGCCCAAAUCUGCCAUAAUGUCAUGGAGAAAAACGUUCAUGGCAUGUGGGUUUUUUGGUAACAUUAUGAAGAUCAAUAAUACUUCAAAUGUGAUGACUGCAAUGCCAUUAUAUCAUUCUACUGCAGCAAUGUUGGGGUUGUGUCCAACUCUUGCAAAAGGCGGAUGUGUCAGCGUUUGUCAGAAGUUUUCAGCCUCUACAUUUUGGACACAGGCAAGACUCGUUGGCGCCACACAUGUGCAAUACGUUGGUGAAGUCUGCCGCUACUUGUUGAAUGCCAAGCCUCAUCCAGACGAGAAGAAACACAAUGUGAGAAUUGCUUACGGUAACGGAUUGCGUCCUGAUAUUUGGCAAGAGUUUAAAGAUCGUUUCGGCAUUGAAGGCGUUGGUGAGUUUUAUGCCUCGACCGAAUCACCUAUUGCAACAACCAAUCUUCAAUACGGUGAUUUUGGGGUGGGUGCAUGUAGAAAGUAUGGAUCAUUGAUUACCAAUGUCUUGAACACUACACAAGCAUUAGUGAAAAUGGAUCCAGAAGAUGAUAAUGAAAUCUUGCGUGACCCAAAAACUGGAUUUUGCGUUACGGCUGGAACGAACGAGCCUGGUGAGUUGUUGAUGAAAAUUAUGGACGCUAACAAUAUUGAAGACUCAUUCCAAGGGUACUACGGUAAUAAAAAGGCAACAUCGUCCAAAAUUAUUCGUGAUGUUUUCAAGAAGGGUGAUGCGUGGUUUAGAAGUGGUGACCUCUUGAAAAUGGAUGAGGAUGGGUUAUUGUACUUUGUUGACAGAUUGGGUGACACAUUCCGUUGGAAAUCUGAGAAUGUUUCAGCCACUGAGGUUGAAAAUGAAAUUAUGAGCACCAAAGCAAUCAAGCAGGCUGUGGUUGUUGGUGUGCGUGUUCCAAAUCAUGAGGGAAGAGCAGGCUUUGCUGUGGUUGAUCCAUUAGAUGGUUUGAGCGACCAGGAGGUUUUGCAAAGAAUUUACGAACAUGUAAAGAAGACAUUGCCCAAAUAUGCAAUUCCACAGUUUAUUAAGAUUGGGGCCGAUGCAAUCCAGGCAUCGCACAAUCAUAAGGUGCCCAAAAACCAGUACAAGAACCAAAAAUUGCCAAAGGGCGAAAAUGGUCAAGAGGUAAUUUACUGGUUGGGCAAGAACGGCUACGAAGAGUUAACAGAAGACUCAUGGGCGCAAAUCAUGAGUGGAGCAGCUAAAUUGUAA